UCAUGUGUGUAAACACACCAUACCCCAUUCUCAGGACAUAAUUGACAACUGCAAAUAUGUUACAAAUGAAAAAUCGUAUAAAAUAUUGCUCUUUAGCCAUUGCUGCGGCCAGGUUUUUUUCGUCUGGACCUGUCAAGAACCCAGUCGUGUAUUUUGACAUCGCAGCUGACAAUGAACCUCUGGGAAGAAUCUUAAUAGAGUUGAAUGCAGCUAUUGUACCCAAAACAGCAGAGAACUUCAGAGCCCUGUGCACUGGUGAGCAUGGCUUUGGAUACAAAGGAUCAGUGUUCCAUAGAGUCAUUCCUGAAUUCAUGUGUCAGGGAGGAGAUUUCACACAUCACAACGGGACUGGUGGGAAGUCUAUAUAUGGGACAAAGUUCAGUGAUGAGAACUUCAAACUGAAACACACUGGGCCAGGUGUCUUGUCAAUGGCAAAUUCAGGGCCGAACACAAAUGGUUCUCAGUUCUUCAUCUGCACAGUUAAAACUGAAUGGCUGAAUGAUAAACAUGUGGUGUUUGGUCAGGUGAAGGAGGGCAUGGACAUAGUAUUCAAGAUGGAGUCCUUCGGUUGUCAUGAUGGUGGCGUGGUGAAGAAAAUCGCCAUCACAGACUGUGGGGAGAUCAAGUAAAACACACUAAAACUGAUGAAAUACACACAAACAUCAGAGAAUGGCGCUAUGGAAAAGGGCUUUUGGAAACAACUGAGCUUUUCUAGGUGGGUUUUCUCAUAUGUUUAUUUUUUUUGUCUUAAUUAUUUAUUACUUUCCAAUCAUCAGAACCAUGUAAUUUAUCCAUUAAUGAAUGGCAAUCAUGAAUACACUAGCCAUGUGUCUCAUAAAUGUUGUCUCAUUGCCUUUGGACACACAACAUAUUUAUAGAAUUUAUACUUAUUUCCUGUAGUCUGUACGAACUCUCAUGACUAUCAGGUUUUUUCGUAACGUUUAUUUUAGACAUUUAGUUACUGUGUGGUGAGGUUUGAACAUUGUUCAUCACAGGCACUAAGAUACUUCUAAAAGGGGUGCUUUUCAUCCUACAAUAUUUUUGUAAAGAACAUAAUGGAUGAACUAUUUAUAGCAUGGACAAUGCACCUAAUGCAAACAGUAAACUGUACAUCAUUGUAAAUUUACUGCCAGAAUAAAGCCAUGUUUUCAGAUGUUU